GGGCUCCGCUUCCGUCGGCGCAGCAGCCGGGAGUCCGCAGUUGGGCGGCAGGCGAUGGAGCUGGUGGCGCCCUCCCAGCUUUGGUUGUGGCUGCUGUUGCUACUCCUGCCCCCGGUGCCGGGCCGCGAGAAGGAGUCAGAUUCAAAAUGGAAAGUAUUUAUUGACCAAAUUAACAGGGCUUUGGAGAAUUACGAACCAUGUUCAAGUUCAGACUGCAGCUGUUACCACGGGUGGAUUCUUUACUAGCUGAGCCACAAGGGAAGCCCUACUCUUAUGUCAUAGAAGAGGAUCUAACUCCUUUCCGAGGAGGUAUCUCCAGGAAGAUGAUGGCAGAGGUAGUCAGACGGAAGCUAGGGACCCACUAUCAGAUCAUUAAGAACAGAUUAUACCGAGAAAGUGACUGCAUGUUCCCCUCAAGGUGUAGUGGUGUUGAACACUUUAUUUUGGAAGUUAUUGGGCGCCUCCCUGACAUGGAGAUGGUGAUCAAUGUGCGAGAUUAUCCUCAGGUUCCUAAAUGGAUGGAGCCUGCCAUUCCAAUCUUCUCCUUCAGUAAGACAUCAGAGUACCAUGAUAUCAUGUAUCCUGCUUGGACAUUUUGGGAAGGAGGACCUGCUGUUUGGCCAAUAUAUCCUACGGGUCUUGGACGGUGGGACCUCUUCAGGGAAGAUCUGGUAAGGUCAGCCGCACAGUGGCCAUGGAAAAAGAAAAAUUCCACAGCAUAUUUCCGAGGAUCAAGGACAAGUCCAGAACGAGAUCCUCUCAUUCUUCUAUCUCGGAAAAACCCAAAACUUGUUGAUGCAGAGUACACCAAAAACCAGGCCUGGAAAUCUAUGAAAGAUACCUUGGGAAAGCCAGCUGCUAAGGAUGUCCAUCUUGUGGAUCACUGCAAAUACAAGUAUUUGUUUAAUUUUCGGGGUGUCGCUGCAAGUUUCCGGUUCAAACACCUCUUUCUGUGUGGUUCACUUGUUUUCCAUGUUGGUGAUGAGUGGCUGGAAUUCUUCUACCCACAGUUGAAGCCAUGGGUUCACUACGUCCCAGUAAAAACAGACCUCUCCAACGUCCAGGAGUUGUUGCAGUUUGUAAAAGCAAAUGAUGAUGUAGCUCAAGAAAUUGCUGAAAGGGGAAGCCAGUUUAUUCUGAACCACUUGAAGAUGGAUGACAUCACCUGUUACUGGGAGAACCUGUUGACCGAAUACUCUAAAUUUCUGUCCUAUAACGUAACAAGAAGGAAAGGCUACAAUCAGAUUGUUCCCAACCUUUUGAAAACUGAACUCUAGUAGUCAUGAUCAGGCCAUAGUCCUCUCUAUGGCAUCAGACCUCAGAUAUCCUAUGGUGAGAAGCUUGCUGUGAAUGUGACACCUAUACCUUGGAUACUGUUACCAAGUCAGAUAUCUGGUUUUCCUUAUCAUGCUGUACCAGGAGCAACUUUGGAGAAAGAUCCAAAUUGUGUGGAAUACAAUUAGGAAGUCGCUCAACAUCUUUACUAAAGAAGGACCAGAAAUCGUGAGAUGUGAGUUUUGAACCUGAUUCUGCCUUUCAUCUUCUUAGGACCAAUCACAGCUUGUGCCUCAGAUCAUCCAUAUGUGUAUGUCCACACUGUGAAACUGACUGUGCCCAUGGGGUGAUGCCCUUUGUCUCAUUCUUUUGAGUAGAAAGUCACUCAUAUGAAACUAGUACAACUCAUCACCACAGUUCUGCACUUAUUCUACACUUAAUCUCUGUCGCUGUAUUUUAACAUAGAAAGCCCUUUAGGGUUUGUAAAGAAUACUUGGGGAUUAUUUUCUGAAAGGUCUAAGGAAGCAGCAGUGUGCCAUGAAACAAUGUAGGAGCUUUCUUUUGUAAACACGUACAAAAACUCUUUGGUACUCAGGAGGUUUCUAUAAAGCCAUGUAGAAAGGGGCCAAUUGCAUGAGUAGUCAUUGCAAUUGGAUUUCAGCUUCCCUUUUUGUGCCUUCACAUCCUUUAUGUUCUCUUUCAAAAAAGAAUGAUUAAAAACCUCCUGAUAAAUUUAGGAAAUAGUCCUUACUCUUUAAAGGAAUUGUGCAUAAAACAGCAACUCUUCCUCAUUCUUCACACACCCUUAAUAUUUUUCCUGCUUGAGUUGGCAGCAGUCCACACCUGCCGGGAUCUCAAGGAGUCUUCAUGUGUGAAAUGGUGUCAAGUUGGGAGUUUAGAGCAGUCAACUUUAGCACUUACUUAUACAGGAGAUUCCUGUUUUAGUGCACAUCCUGUUGGAGUGCUUCCUUUUUCCUUUUUGAAAAAGACAUUUGGAUAGUAGUUUAAUCUCAGGAUAUUCUCCCUAACAUAGUCAAAAAUGAGGAGAAACUUUUAGUUUAAAACCCAUGUAGUCCAAUGACUCAGAACUGUCCUUGUUCUUUAGGCCCAAAAUUUCCACUGAGAAAUCAACUCUUUUCCUUUGCCUCUUAAGAACUGUUUGGUAUCAAGUGGUUCCAAAAUUAGUAAAUGUGAGAUUCAGUUAUAUAAAAUCAGGGACUAUAUUUCCAUUUGUGAAACAUGCAUUUGGCCAUUUAAACUCCCUUUCACGAAACUAUAAGUCUAUGGACCUUCUUAGAGGACUUUCUGAUAAGAUCAUUGCAUAGAACAGGGCAAAUGUUUAAAAUUGAAUUUUGUCUUUGAGUAUUAAAAACUCAUGGGGACUGUGUCCUUAGGUGCUAUAAAUCUGGCAAUAAGACAUCCAGAUUUCUGAGUUGUACUGUGGUUUUGCCUUAUCAAUAGGAGGCCCUGGUAAAUAUUAUCAUUCUAUUUUAAUUUUCUUCUGACUAAACCAAAAGCUCAAAGAGAUGGGACUACCAGACCACCUUACCUGUCUCCUGAGAAACCUAAAUGCAGGUCAAGAAGCAAAAGAACCAGAAAUGGAGUAACAGACUGGUUCCAAAUUGGGAAAGGAGUACGUCAAGUCUGUAUAUUGUCAACCUGCUUAUUAUUAAUAACUUCUAUGCAGAGUACAUCAUGCGAAAUGCCAGGCUGGAUGAGUUCCAAGUUGGAAUCAAGAUUGCCAGGAGAAAUAUCAGCAACCUCAGAUAUGCAGAUGAUACCAUGGCAGAAAAUGAAGAGGAACUAAAGAGCCUAUUGACAAGGGUGAAAGUGGAGUGGAAGUUGCUCAGUCGUGUCCGACUCUUUGCGACGCCAUAGACUAUACAGUCCAUGGAAUUCUCUAGGCCGGAAUACUGGAGUGGGUAGUCUUUCCCUUCUCCAGGGGAUCUUCCCAACCCAGGGACUGAACCUGGUUCUCCCGCAUUGCAGGUGAAUUCUUUUAACAGCUGAGCCACACGGGUAAAAGAGGACAGUGAAAAAGUUGACUUAAAACUCAACAUUCAGAAAACUAAGAUGGCAUCUGGCCCCAUCACUUCAUGGCAAAUAGAUGGGGGGGGUGGAAUGGAAACAGUGACAGACUUCAUUUUCUUGGGCUCCAAAAUCACUGCAGAUAUUGACUGCAACCAUGAAAUUAAAAGACACUUACUUCUUGGAAGAAAAGCUAUGACAAACCUAGACAGUGUGUUUUAAAAAGCAGAGACAUCACUUUGCCAACAAAAGUUCAUAUAGUCAAAGCUAUGGUUUUUCCAGUAAUCAUGUAUAGAUGUGAGAGUUGGAACAUAAAAAAGGCUGAUUGCCGAAGAAUUGAUGCUUUUGAAUUGUGUUGCUGGAGAAGACUUUUUGAGAGUCCUUUGGACAGCAUGAAGAUCACACAAAUCAAUCCUAAAGGAAAUCAACUCUGAAUAUUCAUUGGAAGGACUUAUGCUGAAGCUCCAAUACUUUGGCCACCUGAUGCGAAGAGCCAGCUCAUUGGAAAAGACCCUGAUGCUGGGGAAGAUUGCAGGCAGGAGGAGAAGGGGGCAACAGAGGAUGAGAUGGUUGGAUGGCACCACCAACUCAAUGGACAUUAGUUUGAGCAAACUCCAGGAAGUGGUGAAGGACAGGGAAGCCUGGCAUGCUGUAGUCUAUGGGGUCACAAAGAGUCAGACACAGCGACUGAACAACAAAACUAAGAGCAAAAUUUUCUGUCCUUUGGAUUAGCAGCUGAAGGUGCAUUUCCCCUGAAGUCUUUCCAACUCAAGCAUUAUCUCUCAGACUCCUUAUUUUCAUUACUCUAGUAGUUAGAGGCUAUCAUAAUAUUUUUCUCAAGCCUGUAUUAUAUGACAUCACACUGUACUGUAGUUAUUUGACUGUUUCUCCUGCGAGCUUUUUUUUUUUUCCCCUAUGAGCUUCUUGAUGGGUAGGAAUCAUGUUUUACUUACCCCAGUUUCUCCAUUAUCCAGCACAGUGCCUCACACAGAAGAAUGCACAGAAUAAUGUUGGAAGGAUGGAUGGAUGGAUGGGGACAGUAUGCUUAACUAAAUCCUGUUUACAGACUGCCCAGCCAUUGGCUUCAAGAGGGAUUGGACAAGACUGUAAGAAUUGGAUCAAUGCAACGUCUCAUCUGUCCUUUGAAGAGUUAAUAAGACCAUUUGCAUUUAAGUACAGCAGAUGUUAUUCAGAUUUUACAUGUAUUUGUUUACCUCAGUGUAGAUGAUAAUGAAGAUUGGUAUAAUGACAUAUAAAAUGUAUGGUUUUGAAAGUAAUUUUAUCUCCAUAACUUUUGAAAGUUGUUUUCUGUUAAUACUAGCUGAAUUCCAAACUUACCCUUUCCUUCUCAGAGAUAAAAGCCACACUUUUCUUCAAGAAAAGGGAAUAACUGAGUUUAUUUGAGUAAAGUGAGAUACUUGGAUAACACAA